AUGACAUUCCCAUCACCCAUCACGACGAUCAUUCAAAACCCGCGGCUACGCCUCCUCAAUUGCCUUCGUGAUGGCUCAAAACCGAUACUGACUUUUUUGGGCCUACCGUCUAUUCGUACAGCCCAGAUAUUGGCUUCAACAGGGCUUGACGGUAUUAUCAUUGACUGCGAGCAUGGAUACAUCAGUGACGACUCUAUGCAUGAUGCCAUCGUCGCUAUUUCUUCUCAGGGUGUCUCUCCACUUGUUCGUAUCAGAAUGACUCACGCGGAUUUGAUCAAACGUGCUUUAGACGCUGGUGCCCAUGGAAUUGUCGUGCCGAUGGUUAACACUGCCGAAGACGCCAAGGCCGUUGUUCAAAAUGCUAGUUUCCCUCCUCAAGGUUUGAGAGGACAAGGUUCGGCGUUUCCGGGAUUUGCGCUCGGUAUCGAUAUCUCAACCUAUGUGAGAACCGCCAAUGAGACUCUGAUCACUUGUUUGCAAAUCGAGACCAAGACAGGCGUCGAGAAUGUUGAUGCUAUUUGCGCAGUGCCUGACAUGAUUUUCAUAGGGCCAAAUGACCUUGCGCUUUCUAUCCUCGGCUAUGUUCCUGCCAAAGGUGAUGAGCCCGUAUUUGUUGACGCCAUCAACAAGAUUGUAGCUGCCGCUAGAAAGCAUGGGAAAUGGGUUGGCCGGCUGUCGAACGAUGGGUUUUCAGCUAACGAGCAUCUGAACAUUUUUGAUGUAGUAGCUAUGAGCUAUGAUGUCCGGGCGAUGCAGACUUGGUAUAAGACGGAGUUAAAGGCUGCACGAAAGUAA